AUGAAGUAUCAUGAGCCUGCUUCUGGAGCUGAGUUUGUGGAGUAUGAGUUCCAGGAGAUAAAUGAUACAAUAGAGCUCCAGAAGCAAUUUGCUAAAACUAGCGUAAAGGAACUGUUUGCAACUAAAGGAAACAGAUACCGUGUAAUGCUUGCUGCUGCUUUGGGUAUUUUCUCGCAAUUUUCUGGAAAUGCAAUUAUUGCCUAUUACCUCCACACAGUUCUAGACCAGAUCGGAUACACUGAUCAAAAACAGCAAAAUCUUAUUAAUGGCUGUAACAGUAUUCUGUCUUUUUUCACAGGUAUAGCUAUGGCAUUAUCUGUUGAAAGAGUUGGACGCCGCCCUCUAUUUAUCUUUGGUUCGACUGCAAUCUGUUUGAAUGUAGUUGCCAUGACUAUUUCUUCAUCUAUUUACACUAAUACAGGCGCGGAGUCAGCUGGUAGGGCCAUGCUUGCGGCAGUAUUCCUUUUUGGUGUAUUUUACAGCAUUGCUUGGGGAGGUCUGCUCUAUAACUAUUCUUUGGAGAUUUUCCCAUACAAUUUACGAGCAAAAGGUUUUGGAUUGGUGUUUUUUAUACAAAGUGUCUUCCAAUUUAUAAACACCUACGUCAAUCCUAUUGCUAUGGCAAAUUUGAACUGGAAGUACUAUAUUUUCUACUGCAUUUGGGAUGGUUUUGAGGCUAUCUUUGUAUACUUCUUUUUUAUUGAAACUAAGGGCGUGGCUUUGGAAGAAAUCGCUAAGAUCUUUGAUGGCGAUGACGCUCUUGUCGGUGGUGGCCUAGAGAUGACUAGGAAAGAAAUGGAGUUACAUGGUGUUAAGGACGUUUAUUCUCAUGUAGAAUACGUCAACGACGCUUAA